AUGAUGAAUACUUAUGAAACUCAAAAGGCGGUGUCAUUUCUUGCCCUUCUGAUAGUUGGGGUUCCAGGGAAUGUUCUCAUUCUUGUUACUUUUGCUCAGAUUACUUACUCUGAUCACCACCUGCUUCCAGCUGAUGUUAUACUGACAAAUUUAGCUUUUGUAAAUCUUCUCCAUGUUCUAGCCAGAGGAAUGCCACAGACACUGUUUUCCUUUGGAGUCAGGAAUAUGUUUAACACUCUUGGAUGUCAACUGAUAGUUUUUAUCUUUAGAGUUUCUAGAAGUCUGUCCAUUUGUCUGACUUUCUUGCUGAGUGCUUUUCAAAGUGUCACAAUUGCACCUGCUGAUUCCAAGCUGUCUUCAUUUAAACAAACAUUGGCAAAAAAUAACUUAUAUUUCAUUAUAUUCUUUUGGCUUUUAAGUGGAACUACCAAUUUUGCAUUCAUUUAUAGCACAUCACAAACAAAUUUAACAGUGUACCGCUUUACUGUCAACUUGGAUUAUUGUUUUGUACAGUUUCCUGGAAAGGAGUCAUAUGAAAGCAAUGGCUUUAUGUACCUCAUCAGAGAUCUUAUAAUUGUUAUACUCAUGGCUUUAUGUAGUAUUUAUAUUCUUUUUGUUUUAUAUAGGCACAGCAAAAGUAUAAAAGGUAUUCGAAGUUCAGAUCGAACACAAAGUGUUUCAGCUGAAGCCAGGGCAGCAAAAACUGUUGUAACUCUAGUUGUGUUAUAUGUUAUACUUUUUGGCAUUGAUAACAUGAUAUGGGUUUAUACCCUGCUAGUGCCCCAGAAUGCGGUAGUGGCAUCAGAUAUGAGACACUUAAUUUCUUCCCUAUAUGCAGCAGUUUUCCCACUUGUUAUCAUAUUUUUCAAUAAGAAAGUUAGCAGUAAGUUACCAUGUACCUAG